GAUUUUGUAACAUUUAUGAAUAAUCCUCAAAAUCCAGUAUCUAGUUCUUUGCCAUCUGAAACAUCACCAGAACAAUGGUGGGCUGAAAUUGAUGGUGCUGAUAAUCUUAAUCACCUGACUGCAUCCAAUUUUGAUAAUUUUAUUAAUCAACAUACUUCAGUCUUAAUAAUGUUUUAUGCACCAUGGUGUGGACAUUGUAAAGCAAUGAAACCUGCAUUUGCUCAAGCUGCUUUAAUCCUGAAAAAUGAACAGGUAUUUCUAACUAUAAAUAAA